AUGACCCGUCGUAAUGAGCAGCAUCAAUUCCAGCAGUACGCUCCUCAGCCUAAUAUGGCACCGCAGCAACAGCAGCCUCCCCAGCAGCAACAACAUCACCCGGCCCCUGUUCAACCUCCCAUGAAUGUUCCUCAGCAACCUCCUAAUGGUCCCGCGCCACCUCAGCAAACGCCCACGCCCACACCAGCUCCGGCAGGUCGGCAGCGAAAGCGGCCAGCGCCUUCUGCUGCCCCUCCUCCGGUCGCAGUUGCCCCUCCUGCACCUGUCACUCCCUCUCAAGUUCAGACACCUGUGGCAGCUCCGCCUGCACCUCAGGCAGUGAUCCCCCAACCUCCGCCUCAAGUCCCUACAGAUGAUGCGAAUACACAAGCAAUCGCUCCCCCACCGGCAAAGAAGAGCCGAACUAAUACCCCCUGGACGCCGCAAGAAGAGCUUCGCCUGAAGCAGAUGCGGGAUGCUGGCAACAGCUGGGCAGAAAUUGCCAAAACUUUCCCAACCCGCACGGAAGGAUCCGUCAAGAAGCAUUGGUACAAGGACAUGCAUUAUGCAGAGUUUGCAGAGGAUGAGAGUCAAGCGUUGUUGAACGCAAUCAAGGAGUACGAGAACAACAAGUGGAAGUCGAUUGGGCAAAAGGUCGGAAAGCCCGCAAAGGCUUGUGAGCAGUAUGCCAAGGAAAACUUCCCGGGUAUGGCUACAAAGUUUCGUUUGUGA